AUGUUGAUGAAGCAUUAGAGUAAAAGAAUUGUAUUAAUCGUAAAUUUCUUAAUGCGGUUUAAAAUGGCUGCUUGAUUUAAUGGAAAGCAAAAGAAUUAGAUAAAUUUUGGAUUGCUGAAAGAAUUUUUAAAGGUGAAUUUGUAAUAUAUAACAAAUAAUUAUGGCUAUAUUAAUGAACAUCUUACAGAAUUAAAUAAAUUAGAUUAACCUUUCUCAUAUUCUACAUUCUUUAUAAGUAAAAGAUUAAAUAUGAUAAAUGAUGUUUAAGGAGUUGGCAUAAAUUUUACUGAUCCUGCUGUGAAUACAAACACAACUAAAGUUUAUUGA